AAUUGAUGAAGGAAAGUAGAAAUGGGGGAAUAUGAGUUGAAUAUUGAGAUUUGGGGAAAAGUAGUGAAUUAAAUGAAAAGUAUGGGGGUGAUAGUAAUUAUCCAAGGAAAGGGAUUGAAGCAGGAGAUGGAGGUUGAGACCACAUAAAAUCGUGAGUCGGCCGCAGAGAGAGGUUAGAUAAUCGAAAAGACAAGGAAAGCUCACAUACACAGAGAGCUGUGCCGUUUUUAUUUAAUGAAAUAGAAAAGAGAAGCCCAUUCUGAGUUCUGAGUUCUGAGUUCUGAGUUUGGUUUGGAUCAAAUAAGGGAGAUGGAGUCAUCGUCGUCGUUGUCGACGGUGGAAGAGGAGGUGGGAAGAGUGGUGGAGCAGGCGAAGCAGCUGCAAGAAUCAGCGGCAUCUCUGAUUGCUAGCUCAUCUAACGAAGAGCAAUCGCUCCGGCAGAGAGCUCUGCUGCUGGAUUCUUCUAUCCGUAGAUGCCGUUCCCUUCUUCUCCACUCUACUAACCUCGACACCAACCUUUCUCACAAGCUCGAAGAAGAUUUGGAGAGAGCCAGAUGUGUGCUGGUCGAUGGAGAUGCCUCUGCUUUUCUUCCUAAUAAACCUCACGGCAGGGUGCUGAGAAUGUUCCUGGGGCCAAUUAAUGUGCGCGCCUCUCGCAAAGACGUGCAAUUGAAGGUGAAAGAGGAGUACAACAGUUACAGAGACAGAACUGCGCUUCUCUUCCUUCUAUUUCCAUCUCUUCUCCUUAUUCUCCGAUCUUCCCUCUGGAACGGUUGUUUGCCCACCUUCCCCGUCCAACUCUACCAGGCGUGGCUUUUGUUCCUCUACACUGGCCUGGCCUUACGUGAAAAUAUUCUUAGAGCCAAUGGAAGUGAUAUUCGUUCUUGGUGGAUAUAUCAUCACUACUGUGCUAUGAUUAUGGCUCUUGUUAGUCUCACAUGGGAGAUUAAAGGACAACCGAAUUGUGCCCAGAAGCAGAGAGGGGUUCAGCUUUUCUUGCAAUGGGCUAUGAUGCAAGGAGUUGCAAUGCUUCUACAGAACAGAUAUCAACGUCAAAGACUUUAUACUCGUAUUGCGUUGGGAAAGGCUAAGAGAAUGGAUGUUGUCUGGGGUGAAACAGCUGGAGUGGAUGGCCAAUUGUGGAUUUUGUGCCCAAUUCUAUUCGUUUUGCAGGGUUUUGAGGCAUAUGUUGGACUACAGCUGCUCAGGACUGCAUUUGCAAGGGUUGUCACCGAAUGGCAGGUAAUAUUCUGUGGGAUACUUUUGGUUUUUAUGGCGGCGGGGAACUUCUUUAAUACAGUGCAGACGCUAAUGGCAAAGUCGAGAUUUAAGGCAAAAAUGAAAAGAAGCAAGAGCAAGCAGGAAUUGGAUUGAGUAAGGCAAUUCCUAAUUGUCAGGAUCAAAUUUUUGGAUUUUCUGUUGAGAAAGUUUUGUUAGGUUGCAUUUGGGCCAUUGCAAAAAAUUUGAUGAUAAUGCUGUUCAUUUCUGGCGUCCCAUCCUCCUGAUCUGAUCAUUUAGCUAGCUUGGCGUCAGUAGAAUUGUGUUAAUAAUAUGCAAAUUAACGUUUCAGUAUAACAGUGCAUUUUUCUCUCUUGGGUGAUGAUUUUACUUUUAUAAAUGCGACAAGUUUAAGUUUUUUGCAA